GGAAUAGGCAACCUUCAGACCGCAGCAGCAGGUAUACAUAGUUUGCAUAUUUCGUCAAGAUUUGGUCAAUUAGAACAAAAAUACUCACUUAAAUGGAGUANUGGUUCCUCGGUCUUUCUUUACUCCGAAUCCUUACGGAAACGCUUGCUACGCAGGCUAAAAAAAAUUUACAAUUCUUUACCUUUUGUACCGUCAGAUAAAGACUGUUUUGAAGAGACAUCAUUUCCCAGCCUUGUUUUUCCCUUUUCUUAUUUUGUAAUUUGCCUCAAAAGCAGAGCUUUCAUAGUCCGCCAUUUUGAGACAUCAGCGCAACUAAUAAUAAGCCAUGAUAGAUGGAGUGAACAAAUCUCUCUCUAACCAUCGCUUUUCGUAGCGCACAGAAUGUCUAACGAAUGUCCAACAUUAGGAAAUUCUACCUAACUGAUUUGCCAGUGUUAUCUCUGAGAAUAUAAAGAUUUUUAUUAUCCAAUAUUUACAGGAGAGGACAAAAAUGGCACGUGUCCAUUUCUUGCCCCACCUCAACUAUGCGUGUCAGACGUCGACGAAUGUUUCAUUGAUUGGGACUGUGUCGGUAACCGCAAGUGCUGUUCAAAUGGAUGUUUCAAAAUCUGUGCAUCACCUUCAGCUGGAGCAGGGGCUUUAGGAAUAGGCAACCUUCAGUCCGCAGCAGCAGGUAUACAUAGUUUGCAUAUUUCGUCAAGAUUUGGUCAAUUAGAACAAAAAUACUCACUUAAAUGGAGCAACUGUCUUGAAAAGCUAUAGAAGUUUUUGUUGUUAUCAGUUGUUUUCGUUAGUUUUUAAAUGGUUGCUUUUGAGAGCCAUUGUUCCAUUCAAGAGGAAACCAAGAUAAAAAUCUUGGUUGCAAGUUACAAAUAAACUUGUAAGGAAGGGAAAUGCACCUACCGUAUUCGCAAUGUAUUUCUUUAUUCAAUAUUUGCUGGCUUCCAUAAAAGUUAAAGCCAGAUUUCAUGAAGCAACCUGAGAGUAAGUGCCGCCUUUCUGUCACUAUUCUCUUAAAUCCAACCAUUUUCUCAAGCGGAAUCACCGAUAACUUGACUGAUGAAUUCCCGAGUAUAAUAACACAAUAGAAGCAGAUAAUUAUCUAAAGGAGCUUCGUAUAAUCAGAUCCAGUUAACCUUCCUUUUAGAAUAACCGGUGUAACAAAACUACACACUGUGUUUGCAGUACAAUGUCCCGAACCAGUUGCAUAUCGCUGCACCUUUUCACUGAAGCAUCUGUGUGAUGAUUCCAGUACAUGCUUUACUGGUACCGUUUGUUGCUUCGAUGGCUGUCGAAGACGAUGUGUUCCUCCCAAAGGUGCAACAGGUACGCACACACUUUUAUUUAGAAUGGUGACUAAAACCUAUCUUAGCCUUCAAUGACUUGUCUUUACUAGAGCCCCUCAGUAGCCUUUUUGGAAAGAAAAAAUAAGAGAUAAACGCUGCUUUGCUUGAACGAAGAAAGCAAGGAUUGUUCUCUUUAUUUUCGUUGGUGGUUUAUCAGGUUAGUUCAAGACCCUUCCUCAAAACAAAAAAUCCUUUCCUCAAUUUUAAAAACCACGUCCUAUUGCAUAGUCGGGUAAGUACUUUUGAGUCAAAUACAUUAUUUACAUUAUCUUUGUGUCGAGUUCCCUUCCAAACCUUCUUCCCCACGCUUUCCUGAGAUAUUCCUAGGUACCUGAUCACAGUCUAAGAAUUCCUCAAUUUGGUGCAAGGCUAAGUCUAUCGCUUACAGUCGACUUUUUAGUGGUCAAAAGACAAAAGAUAACGUUUUGGCCCCUAACUCUAUGAUCUAGAAUCUUUUUUUCCUUUUAACCUGCCCGUGGAUACCCGAAGGGUAUCCAAAGGGUUUUUGUAAUGGGUUUUGAUACGCAAAUCACGUGUCACUCGCUCACUUUGCGUUGACAUAGAUCGGCUCUUCGGCUCCGACCCGGACUCACUGCCUGGUAUGAAAACGACAUAGUUCGUUGUUGCCGAAGGUCCCCUGAGUUGUGCAUUUACUCAAGCAUACUCAUGAGAGAACCCUAGGAACGAGGAUAACACGCUCACGUUCACUGAGAAAGCGUCAACACUCGCCGUCGUUUUUCUAAAAUGCGUAACAAGUAUCUCGGCCAUAGGCAGUUGAGCGGUUUAGAUUUCCAGUAACAUGACAAAGGAAGAUCGUUGCCCGUAAAUCGCGCGUCUAGCGUGGUAUAGCCCGUGGUAUAUUGUUUAUUCCCCAAACUUCGCAGUCUCUGGCAGGGGAUACUGCAGCGAGGAGUCGAACUAUGGAUUUCCUUCCAAAAAGUCGCCAAAAAGGCGUUUUACGUUGAAAAUCCAGCCAUUUAUGCCUAGGUUGGGAAAAUUCAAUGACGGUAAGGCCUUUUAUUUCUCGACUAAAAUUUCUGUACGCGUCAAAUGUCGUGGUCAACUCGAAAAUUAAUUGACUACUGUUGUUUAUGAUAUUGCUUUUUCUUAAUUAUUUUUCGCUGAAACGUUUUGUCUGUAUUAGUAUACGUAGUGUCUACUUCAAAGAAGUGUUAGCUCCUGUUAUAUACUGCAAUUAAAUACUCAUAUUACAAUUAGGAAUUAUAGUUGUCGGUUUAAAACUUUUCGCUUGAAGUGAAUCACAUACAAUUGCACUCUUAUCCGGUAAUCAUCUUAAGCUUGGAAAUUUAUCAAGGUGUUGAAAUGUAAACCUGUACCUCCUAUCAGUAGUAAAAUUCGGUUGCUUCCCGAGCAGUUCACUUCCUACUACUAGUAGUUGCCUGCCUAGCAGGUAGUUAUUUGGCUGGUUGUUUGCUGGUUUUUUUCGUUCGUAGUUCAGAUACAACGGCGCGAAAGCUCUGGGGUCAAAGACGUGGGAGGGGGCAAGAGGAUUUCUAAACAAUGAUCCACGGAUUCCCAACGGGUUUACUUUGAUUCUAAUUCUUAAUUCUUUUCCUGAUUUCUUUAAGGCACUUGUCCCAAACCUCCUGAGAACUUAGUCUGUCCAGUAGGAUUGAGAAACACUUGCCUUGACGACAAGUUAUGUGUAGAGGGAACCCGCUGCUGCAGCGAUGGAUGCCGAAAGCGGUGNUUUUUUUCGUUCGUAGUUCAGAUACAACGGCGCGAAAGCUCUGGGGUCAAAGACGUGGGAGGGGGCAAGAGGAUUUCUAAACAAUGAUCCACGGAUUCCCAACGGGUUUACUUUGAUUCUAAUUCUUAAUUCUUUUCCUGAUUUCUUUAAGGCACUUGUCCCAAACCUCCUGAGAACUUAGUCUGUCCAGUAGGAUUGAGAAACACUUGCCUUGACGACAAGUUAUGUGUAGAGGGAACCCGCUGCUGCAGCGAUGGAUGCCGAAAGCGGUGUAAGGACCCUGCUCAGUUUGGCAGCGGAGACCUUCAAGGUAAGAUAGAGCUGCAUCUGUCUAGCCCACCAAAUGACAGGACCGCUAAGGACUCUCAUACCGGACCUCUUUAAAUUCCAUGGACUGCGGAAAGACGAUGAAAAAUGGUUUUUGUGCAUUGGAGAGGUAACUGUGGUGCUGCAUAAAUCUGAGGGUCGCUUGUUUUAUCGCUAUAUUACUUUUUGUGGUAGUUCCUGGACAAGAUUGUUUCCUGAGUCUUUCCUUAUUGUGACUAUUUAGCAUCGUAUCCGUAAUCGCUAAAGCAACAAUUACGUGCUCUAAAUACCGCAAGGACCUGGGCUGUUCUAAACCGAAAUAUACUCUGCCAAUGUUAUAAAUGCGAUGGAAAUAAUGGUCAAAGAUUAACAUAUAUUCAUUAGAAUUUAAAACUGUGUCCUCUACUGUUAAAACUUUUGAGCUACCGUGUGCGUUCGUGUGUGCGGCAUCGCAUGGUCAUUUAUGUCCAGACGAUCAUUACUCUCCUAGAACGGUUUUUAACCAAACUGAAAGAACAAAAGUUUUUCUCCAUUGAGAUUGUAUAAGUUUAUUCUCCAAGAAUUAUUUCCAUUUUCGUUUUUACUUUACAGGUGUUUAACUUUUACCCAGUCAAGUCGUUAUUUCAUCAUCAUCAUCAUCAUCAUCAUCAUCAUCAUCAUCAUCAUCAUCAUCAUUAUCCUCCUCAUCAUCCUCCUCAUCUUUAUCGCCAUUGUCAUUGUCAUUAUUAUCAUUAAAGUUGUUUUUGUUUAAUUUCUAUUGGAUAUUUUACAAACCCUACAGGUAAACCUCGACCAGGAACCUGUCCUGCUCUUUCCCCACCGUCCGAAUUUUGUCCUUCUGAUUUUGACGAAUGUAAAUUUGACUGGGACUGCGAUGGAAAAACAAAGAAGUGUUGUUCAAACGGUUGCUACAGAGUUUGCGCUGAACCUGCUGUUGGAGCAAUUAUAGGUAAGGAGGCCAGAGAGUAACUCACAGAGCUGUCCUUUUCAAAAUCAAGCAAUUGAUUAAAAGAGGUUUCUUCUUUGGAAGAAGUUACCUUCUUUAAGUUUUUUUUUCUUCCAACAAAGAAAAAUGAAAUUGAAAUGCCCUUGUUGUCGCCAGAAAAAAUUUCGUCUAAUAUAAUUCAUUAAUUCUAGCUAUUGUAUCGUGCAAUUAUCAGAUUAGGCUCAGUGUGAUCUGAAGAAUGUUACAGAUCGAGGAAGAUUUUAUCCGCUGAGGCCGAUAAGGACAAGGCGGAUAAAACUCUCCAAAAUCUUUAAAAUAAAUAAUUUCCGCCUUCAUUUGCGUGUUUCUCGGCACGUUCAGGAGAUAACGGUGUGUACUUCUGCAGAUACUCUCCAAAUAGCAGAUGUCGUUCGUCGACUUGUAUUCCUCCUGUUCUUGCAUUAAUUUUAGGUAGUAGUUGGGUAAUUUUUUCCGCUCCGCAAAAUGUGUGAAACGUUCCUCCAUUUUGUACUGCUUUACCAACACAACGUAACCUUGUCCCCAGGGCUUUUCGAUUGCAGUCCAUUUUCUGGCAUUUAUGCUGCAUAUACUUUUGACGUCAUUUUCCACAAUAUCGCAGACAUCUUCCAAAUUUGGCUAGCUAGUUACGAAAAACGUAGCAUUUCAGCUAAUCAGAACCGGAGAAAAAUUGAAAGUAAUAAAUUUGCUCACCAAUUGGCAGAAGGUUCGUACAAGCUAGGCAUGCUUACUAUCGCACCUUUAAAGGUUGAUAUCUCAAUGUGGUACUGACUCGCCUUAGAAUAACUGAGCUGCUGAAAGGUGGACGUGAAUGAUCCCUUAAUUUAUGGCCCAACAGCAACGGCAAAUUGAGUUUUAACUGAGAAGCCUCGGGACAUAAGCCUUAUUCUGUGCCUACAGUAUUCAACAAUAGUUUCUCCACAGAGCUUUUACAUGCCGCUUUCAUUAAAUAUAAUCAAAUUCUGAUGUAGCAAGAAGUUUCUUUAAUUUUGAGAUUGGAGUUACAGAGCGGUCAUUUAUUUGUUACUGAAGAUUGAAGAUUAUACCAAUUGCUUUGUUCUUUCCAAUCCAGAUAAAUGUCCAGCUCCUACAAAGCCUCCACAACGAUGCCAUAUAGGACUAAAAGGCCAGUGUUCCAAUGACACGGAC